UUGCGGGGCUCCGCCCUGGCGGCCCGGAAGCGCUGCGGCGCCAGGAAUCCAGAUCCACCUGGGCCUCUUCUCACUCCCCCCCACUCCCGGCAGUCUGCGAGGCAGUGUACCAAACCUGAGUUACAACUCAAGUCAGAUCUCAGAGCCCACGGAGAAGCUCUUGUCUCAUUUUGCUUGUUAGUUGUGGCCACAAGGAUAAGAGUUAUUUGACUGUCUUGGUGAGACUAAAAGGAACCUCCAUGCAUUGGAGACCAUGGAUAAAUACGAUGUGAUUAAGGCCGUUGGGGAAGGUGCCUUUGGGAAAGCAUACUUGGCCAAAGGGAAAUCAGAUAGCAAGCACUGUGUUAUAAAAGAGAUCAAUUUUACAAAGAUGCCCAUCCAAGAAAAAGAAGCUUCAAAGAAAGAAGUCAUCCUUCUGGCAAAGAUGAAACAUCCUAACAUUGUAACCUUCUUCAGUUCAUUUCAAGAGAACAACAGGCUGUUUAUUGUGAUGGAAUAUUGUGAUGGUGGAGAUCUCAUGAAAAGAAUCAGUAGACAACGGGGAGUGUUGUUUAGUGAAGAUCAGAUUCUGAGCUGGUUUGUGCAGAUUUCUCUGGGACUAAAACAUAUUCACGACAGGAAGAUCUUACACAGGGACAUAAAAGCACAGAACAUUUUUCUUAGCAAGAAUGGAAUGGUUGCAAAGCUUGGGGACUUUGGUAUAGCAAGAGUCCUGAACAAUUCCAUGGAACUUGCUCAAACUUGUGUUGGAACACCUUACUACCUGUCUCCAGAGAUUUGUCAGAAUAAACCCUACAACAAUAAAUCGGAUAUUUGGUCUCUUGGCUGUGUCUUAUAUGAGCUCUGCACACUCAAGCAUCCUUUUGAAGGCAACAACUUACACCAGCUGGUUCUGAAGAUUUGUCAAGCACGUUUUGCCCCAGUAUCUCCAAGGUUUUCCCGUGACCUUCGGUCCUUGAUAUUUCAGCUCUUUCAAGUAUCUCCCCGAGACCGGCCAUCUAUUAAUUCCAUUUUGAAAAAGCCCUUUUUAGAGAAUCUUAUUGCCAAAUACCUGACUCCUGAGAUCAUUCAGGAAGAAUUCAGUCACACCCUCACACAUAGAGCAAGAUCAUCAGCUUCUAAACCUGCUGGGAAGCUGGUCCUAGAUUCUGAUGUACAGAAAGUGAGAUUCCAGGAGAAGUGCCUACCAAGAUCAAAGAUAUCAGUGCCAAUUAAAAGGAAGGAUAUAAUAAAUAGGAAUGAAUGGAGACCACCAGCUGGAGCCCAGAAGCCCAUAUCUAUAAAAAUGGUAGAAAGGCCCAAACUUGCUGCAGUGUGUGGCCAUUAUAAUUAUUACUAUGCUCAACUUGACUUGUUGAGAAAGAGAGCCCAUGAGCCAAGUUACCACUGUGUUCCUCAAAAAGAUACCGGAGUUGAGGAGAAUUACAGUCAGGAAGAAAGCCACAGUCCAUCACCAGGUCAAUGGCCUGCUGAAUAUCUUCAGAGGAAAUUUGAAGCUCAACAAUAUAAGCUGAAAGUAGAAAAGCAAUUGGGUCUUCGUCCAUCUUCUGCUGAGCCAAAUCACAACAAGAGAGAAGAGCUAAUAAGUAAUGGAGGAGAGCCAAGACUCCAGGAGCUGCCGUUCAGGAGAAACAAAAUGAAGGAACAGGAAUAUUGGAAGCAGUUAGAGGAAAUACGCCAACAGUACCACAACGAUAUGAAGGAAAUGAGAAGGAAGAUGGGGAGUGAACUGGAGGAGGACUCAAAUACAAGGAAUAAAACCUAUCUGGUGAAGAAGAGUAACCUGCCCAUCUCCCAAGAGGCACCUGAGGAAGAAGGACCUGGGCAGGAUAUUGAAAGAGACUUGAAACAAAUUAGACUUCAGAACAUAAAGGAAAGUAAAAUUUCAAAGCAAAAAUAUAAGAGAGGGGUAAAGUUUGAAAUUAAUUUAGAUAAAUGUAUUUCUGAUGAAAAUACCCUCAAAGAGGAAGAGCUUACUUCUCAUGAAACACCUGGAAUUGCUUUACGCCAGGAAACUUUGACCUUUGAGGACAGCCUGAAGCUUAAGGAAAAUAAAUGUAUAAAGGAGUAUGAGGAUUAUACAGACGAAGCAUUUGAAAAACUCUGUGGCUCAGAAGCAGAGCUGUUCAUUGAGGAUGCUGCUGCAGAAAACAGGAGACAGUGGGACGCGGGAGCGCCUCAGACUCUGCUGCAGAUGAUGGCAGCGGCUGAUGUCUCCUCCAUCUGCUCCACCAGGCCUGAGGAUGGCCAAGUGAAGGUGAUCAAAAGUGUUCCGGAAAAUAGGAAACAGUGGCGGCACGAAGCUCCAGGAACUUUAAUGAGUGUUUUGGCGGCAGCACAUCUCACAAGUAGCUCAUUUUCUGCCAGAGAGGAAGAAUUUGUGGGAACAUUGAAACAAUGGUUUCCUAAAGAAGAUGAGGAUAAGGUAGAAAUGGCCUCUGGAACUGAGGUGGAUGAGGAACAACUAGAACCAAGAUCUGAUGAUGAUGAUACAAAUUUUGAAGAAUCUGAAGAUGAGUUGAGAAACGAAGUAGUGGAAUCCCUAGAAAAACUCACUGCUUCCAGAGAGGAGGAAAAAAGGGAAGAGGCCACCGGUUCCUCUAAGGACAAUGAACAGUUAGGAGAAGGGGAAUAAAUAUGCAUAAAUGUGCAGAAUUUAAUGAAGAUUCGGAGAGCAUUUCUACUCCAUCUAAUGACAAAUUUUUUUAUUGUUAAUGAACACCAAGGAACAUCAACAACCAGUCAAAAUAUACAAGUGUGAUUAUUGUACAUUUUCUUAAGCAGUAAGUUAGUGUCUAUUAACUAUAGUAUCUGUUUGGAUACAAGUAAAAAUACAUUUAUUGUAAGGUUUUUCCAGUAAUCCCAAGGAUUUAUUACUUUUUCUCUCUAAAUUUAGACAUUGGAACUAUUGAGUGUAGAAAUUAAUAUUUUACUUUAAGAAUCUUUCAGAUAAUAUAUGUGGUAGUCAGAAUAAUGUGAUCCCCCUUUCCCUAAAUGUGAAUAUAUAAUGUUACAUGGCCAAGGGGAAUUAAAGUUUCAGAUGGAAUUAAAGGUGCUAAUCAGCUGACCUUAAAAUAGGAGGGUUAUCUUGGAUUAUCCAUUUGGGCCCAGUAAUAAUCACAGGACUCUUUAAGAGUUAAAAAAGGAGGCAGAAGAGAGGAUCAGAGAGAAUGGUACUGUGAGGAGGAGUUGGCCUGAUGCUGCUGGCUUUGAAGAUGGAGCGAAGGGACAAAAGCCAAAGCAUGCAGCCGGCCUCUGGGAAAGGCAAGGGGGAGUGUUCCCUGCUGAUACCUUGAUUUUCACCUAGCGAAAUCUACUUUAGACUUCUGACCUACAGAACUCUAAGAUAAUAAAUAUGUGUUGUUUUAACUUAGUUUGUGGUAAUUUAUUAAGACAGUGAUCAAAAACUAAUACAAACUCAUUCAUUUAAAAAUAAUGAAUCUUCCAUUUUAUAAAACCGUGAUUUUGAAAUUUCUUGUUAUAUUAAAUACACUCGCUUUUUGCAGCUGAUGUUGACAUGGGAGUAAGGCAUUUGAACAAGGAAAGGAACAAGGCAUGCCCUUAAUUAUAUACCAAAUAAUUAUUUUAUUAUGUUUUAUUGAAUUAUUUUCUGAUAGUUUCAAACGUAUAAACUAGUAUGAUGGUCUUUUUAUAUAUAGCGCUUAGCACAGCGCCAGAAAUGUUUCUUGAAUGAAUAAGUAAAUGCUAAUACAAUUUCCUCGUGAAGACUGUAAGAUCUUUGAGUCAGAAAACCAGGCUUUUUUGUACUGAUUAUAACAAUCCCAGUGUUGAACAUGUGACUGGAGCUUAAUAGAUUUAUCUGCUGCUAUGGACAGGGUUGUUCUAAAUGGUAGAAUUCUGCCUGAAAUAUCUACUCUGUAAGAAAAAUAAAACUAAAAUUGCACAUUGAUACAAUGCCAAACUAAGAAAACAAAGCCAAGGAUGAGUUGGUCAGAUUAUUUCUAAGGUCUGCUUGGUAUUUGCGUUUGGUGUAAUUUUAACUGUGGAGGAUGCAGGUAUCAGGAUUCCUCUAACUGUGGAAUAUGUCCAGUAAUUUAUGCCUUUAUUUUCCUGGUGAUGUUUGAGGGACUGUUCUUUCACUUUGGCGUAUAGAGUUACAUUCUGCUCUUUUAGGGAGAGCGCUCACUAUGGUCACAUCAUGAAACUGGGACUAUUUAAAAAUUUCUCACCAUUGUGUUAAUUUAAAACUUAUGUAACACAUGACCUUGAGGGAUUGGAGCAUCAUUAGUUCUACAACUGUUUUAGUGGUCGGUAUAUAUAUAUUUAAUUUACUUUCAGGACAUUAUCUGUUUCAGACAUAUCGUCUAUGCUGGUGUCUUCAUGCAAUCCUCAUUCUGAACAGUAUUUGAAAGCAUGAGAAAUGCAGGACGAUUCUUAAAACUCCCAAAGUACCAAAGACCAGUCAAGUAUAUGCAAGAAAAAAAAAAAAAGGAAUGACUGUUUAAGGUCAACGUUUAAGGAUAAGCUUAUCAGGUUUGCUCCAAAGACAGAAUGACUGGCCAAAAUCUCCUUUAGGCAAUAGACACCAUUUAAGCCUUAUCAAUCAUUCUAAAAUUUUGAGUUCUUAGUUGUAAAUUAGAAAGUAUUCAUUGUGGUAAGUAUACACAUCUGCAAGGUUUUUCACGCUGCUUCAGCCCCGAAUACCCAUCUUACACACACCAUUACCUAAAUUAUAUUCUAGAGGCACAGUUCUGAUUACUUUUCUCUGGUUUUAGGCUUGGCUGCAUCUGUUAAAUUGAAACUGUUGAUCAGAAUUGUAUGUGAUUUUUGAAUAAAUUUUAUUAGAAAAAUCAUGCAUCUUUAACUAUG